AUUUAUUAGAAUCUCUCAAGUUCACGUAACAUCAGGAACUUCCAGGAUAAAACUGUAUAGGUACUAUGCAAAAGUUAAUAUAAAGCACAAUGAUGACAAAUACACGUUUAUGGCCCAUAAAAUGCCUAGAUUUGAAGUUGACGAACAGAGGGUCGUUUAAACCAAAAUGGAUGUUAUCUUCUGAAAAAUAACAAAAAUAUGCAUAUCACUAUCAUUUAUUAUCAAGGUUGUUAAUAAACACGCAGCCUUUUUUGUAAAUGCACAAAUAUCCCUAUUUUUCCGUUUUUUAUUGAGGGGAAUAGAGAUUUAAGGAGGGAAAAUUCAAAUAGCGCACCUAGCGGAGGCAUACAAAACGUGCGCUUGUUAAUCUCGAACCAAAAUCAAAACGUGGUCACUGACUCUCGAACCCCUCAUUGGGUAUAAAAUGAUAAUUAAUUCUAACUAAACCGCAACCGAUAUUCUAACAAAGAGAGUCUUAAAAAAUUAAGAAAGAAUUGACUAAUCGCUUUUUGUGGUCUUUUAGCAUAAAAACAGCCGACUGUCAAAAGCCGGCUGUUCGGCUGUAAACGGUUGCGGUCGGUUUGAGCGGCGCCAUCUUAAUUUUUGAACAAAGCUGGUGAGGAGCCGGUCAGUAGUGCGUCGACUUUUCAUCGUUUCAAGUGGCAUCAGUCCUUAGAAAAACAUAAACAAAAUGAGUGCAAAAGAAAAUAACGAAGUCGCAGUUGAGAAACUGGAAAACGACAAAAACGCAGACGGCAAAUGUGAAAUAAAAGGCACCAAACGAGCGGCAGAGGACAAAACGGAGGAUGCGAAGAAAGCGAAAAAAGAAGAAAAUGGUGCAAAUUCAGAAGGUGAAGACCUAGAUGAGGAAGAAGAGGUAGAAGAGGAGGAAGAUACAGGGGAAGACGAAAUUCCAGAAGGUGACGAGGACGAGAUCGAAGGAGAAGAUGAUGAUGAGGAUGUAGAAGGAGAAGAAGGGGUAGAGGAAGACGAGGAUGACGCAUAAUGAAGUGACAUAGUCAGCAGCCCUGUGAAAUGACUAUUCCAAUGGACUAUCUUAGUGCAAAAGCUCGAGCUACUUUGUGGCAAUGAACUGUCGUUCUCGUCUCGUUGUUACUCGCCAUUCUUUCAGUUGUUACGCAGUGGACAUCAUAUCAUAUUCACAACUCCUCACCAAAUGUCAUCAUCCUGUCAUCUCCUCCAGAUGUUGUUCGGAAACACCCCACAAACUAUCUCGUGACUUUUGCCUGUUGCAGCCAAGUACUCUCAGUGACCGUGCGUAAAACAGUGACGGCGGUACCUGAAUGCAACCUCUCUAACUUAUUACGUAUCCCCUUCGAUUUGUAAAAAAUGUCCAAUUUGUGUAAAGAUAGAUAUAAAUUUAGUUUAAGUUUGUCACACAGAAUAACAAACAUCCAUUUCUGUUUUUUCUAUUGAUUUUUUACGUUAAGUAAUUGUACAAAAUAAAAGUUUUUUAGAAUGCAACAUUAAAACCACAACCACUUCCAAUUUGGAAGCUCUAAAAAUAUUUGUAAACCAAACAGUUGGUGAAUCAUUAUUGUGUAAUGAAAAGCCAAUGCCAACAAGGAGUAUAAGAUGGGCAAUAAAGCAUUACUUGUAGGCUAAAAAAGAAUACAGAUAGAUCUUACUCUAACCUGUUUUUAAAUCCGUGUUUUAUUUGUUUGUACGAUAUACCUUGUAAUUAUUUUCUAUUAUAUUUUUUUAGGAAAUUGCGACUAUGAAGCUGGUGCUACUUUCAGCACUUUUUUUUCACUGCCAAAUGUGUACUGUUAAUUAUAUAGAAAACUCCCAAGGUUGAGCAUCAAAUACUCUAUAUUUUGAACAGUGUAGUAUUUUUACAUACAAAAAUUUCAAACCCAAUAACAUUUUACUGAUCUGUAACUGAUCAGGUAAACAUCUUUGCUAAAAUGAAUGUCAUCAAUGGAGCUGGUGGUUUGAAUUGUGUGGAAAUAAUACACAGUGUGAGAACAACAAUCUAAUGUUACCUUGUGUUUCUUUUUCCCUGGUAAGAAGUUCAAUUCAUUAAUCAAUUACAACCUAGGUAGUGUAAAUGGGUUGAACUUACAAGUGGGAAAGGGCAACAUAAAGUUUGACUAUAGAUCAAAUAUGACAAUUUUGGGAUUGGUACCAUGAAUACUUGAAUAAAUUGCAAGAUUUUUUGAAUUUAUUUAAAAUAUCGUUCUUAAUCAUUAAGAAGCGCUUGCCAAGAAAACAGGUAUUUUCAAAAUCGUCGAAAUUUAUCACGGAGUUUUGUAUAUGGUUGAAUCAUUUGGUGCCAUUUUCAUUCCAAUGUAAUUUUUUAUGAAUGUAAAAAUUGGAUGGUUCGCCUCGACUUAAAUGUUUUUAGCACAGAUGACAUUAAUGAAAAUACUUAACAAAAUGAUCUUGUAGACAAUUCUUGAUUUUGUAAUUGUGCUGUAUGAUUUUUUGAGUGAUUAUAAAUGAUGGAUACAAAUUGUUUCGUAAUAUUUGUGUUUUAUUUCACGUUGACUUUGUGGUACAACACUACAAAUAGUAUUUCUCAGGUGUAUAUACAUUUUUUUAUUACAAA